CAUGGCGUUGGGUACAGAUGAAUUUAUUUCUGCAUUUCAUUCGCUGGAUGGAGUUACGAUUGCCGAAAGGAAGAAACGCUUAUUCAAACUUCUAUAUCAAAAUCGCAAUUCCGCCAUCGAUUUGGGCGCGAUUCGCCCAUCCACAGCUUUAGAAGAGACCUUCCAAGCGGACGCGGUAAUUUUUUUCAAAAAUCACGCCGAGAUGUUGAAAUUACUUAACAAUGAAAACGCGGCUGUGAUAGGAAAGGUCUUAAAAGAUGUUCGGUUUAUAAGAUAUAUUUGUGAAAAUGUAACCGGGGAGAGUUUAGUAACCGAAAUUUUCCCGAAUAUCUCCUACAACGCAAAGCUUAAAUUGUUAAGCAGAUUAGCUGUGGUUCUAGAGCACCCGGCGAAAGGGGACGAAUAUUUUCAUUGCGUUAUGGAAGCUUACGGAUUAUAUUUCGCGGCGAAAUUACUUCCUAGUUGCAGUGAGGAUUUGAUUUUGAAAACCUUGGAGAUGAACAAAGUGGAGCUGACACCUAAGCAACUACUACUCACAAUCCAAAGGAAUCCAUCCCAAACUUUAACCAUCCUCGAAAAACUGCGCAACCCUAACGUUAAUCUGGGCGAAAAGUACGCGUAUGUUUUCCGUUACCUCAUGAAGAGCAACCCCUCGAUUGUGAUCGAAUUGGGCGACAAGUGCACGCAACGUUUCAGAUUGGGAAAACGGGCAACUCGCCGGUUUUUGUUCUCCAACAAAGCACUCUUUGUGGAACACGCGGGAAAGUUACACAGUUUGCUGGUCGAGGAUGAAAUCGGCAGGUGUCUCCCCAAAGAAAUGGCCGGGGUACUAUCGAGCUUGCUACCGAAAUCGCUCAAAGACUUCUGGAAUAAUUUGGACGAACUUUUGUCUUUACUGGAUCCUCUUUCGUCGAAUGGGGAGAAGCUCGACGUUUUAAUGCACGCGUUCGAGGAGCGUUACGGCGCAGACUUGCUGAGUUUCUCGGAGUUGCUAGUGCCGAAGGUUUUCCAGUGGAUGUCUCCAGAUUUCAAGAGGAGCUGGAUGCAGACGCACGGCAAACCCAAGGGGCUCUCCGAGGAGAUGUGGGUUAGUUUCAUGAACUGCGACGAAUCCAUUGGUCUACUGAAGAAGAAGCUUUCUUGUGCUUCCAACAUGAAGGACCGCGCGAAACUCGUCACCGCCUUGGUGCGCACUUGUAAAGUUAACAGUGAUUUGGUCGCAUUGGUUGAUGUUUGCGAGUAUGUCGCGAGCAAACACAAAAAUGACCACGUUAGUGUUAAGCAGGCCUUCUUUGAGAUUUUGCAUCAGGAGUUCAAGUUGGAAACACUAGGUGAAGAGCACUGGAAACCUCUAAGGCAGUUGAUUCAAGCGUGUGGUGUUAAUUACGCAUCGAGCAUGAUGGCUGAGAAGUUUAUUAUCGCACUUGUGCAUUUUAGUUUGCGAAACGAUCAGCCAAUCGGCGAGCAUUUGAAGUUGUACGUGAAAAUUAGUUACGGUCGCUAUAACUUGUUGUGCUUCAAUCCGGAGUACGAAAAACGCUGUUUGAAUACGUUUUACGAGGUUAUUCCUUCGUGUUUUAAAGACGAAGAGCUAAAAGAUCACUACGUCUACUUCCUUCAUUGCAUUUACCAGUGGAACGUUCGCCAUCCAAGGGCCAGGAUGUCGGUCUUCUCACUUAAAGCUGCUCUUGACGCACUGAUGGCAACGUUACAAGAGAUCGAUUAUUAUUCGACAUCCAUCCAAGUUGCAAUUGACUGUGUGCUUAACGAAUAUGAUAAGGCUUGCGAGGUGAAUCUGGUUGAGCUGCUUUUCACCAAAAGUCAUAUUUUACCUCAGCUGACGAGAGUGAUUAAGUGUUAUCCAUCGAGCAUGUUUGAGCGCUUGGAAUCGUUCACUCAAAAUAUGUUUAAGUGCUACACCUCACUCAAUGCCUUGAAGCAUUUGUUUGGAAAUGUCGCUGACUCAAACCUGCGCCUGAAGAUCGCCGAGCUUUGCAAGGAAGAGAUUGACAACCCAACUGAAGGUGACGAUGGCAGACGCUUCGCCAUGUACAUCUUGUCAUUCGUCUCAACGAGCGAAGAUUUCGUGAUGUUUGCCGAGCAAUUCUUCCCCAAGGAACCCGUUGCGAACCUCGAGAAUCCCAACUACAACCUUCAACAGGCAAUACCGUCAUGUUUUCGAUAUUUCAACCACGCACUGAGCGGUUUUGAUCCCAUUUUACGUUUCUGCCAAGGCGAUUACAUGCAAUUCGCGCAAAAAUCCUUGUAUCACAUAGCGCACAACACGGCAGAGCGCAGACUCCCCAGUUUUCUCAACAAAUUAGGCGAACGAGCGGUUUCGGUUCGGAAACAUUCCGUUUACCUCUCACUCAAAUUAUUGAGCAAAUCCUCGACUAAGAGUGUCUUGGGUCGUCUAACGAAUAGCGAGAAGAAUGCCUCAAUUCGCAAAUCCCUGCUGCAAUCCGUCCUCAAUAACUUUUUACGAAAUCCAGACGCCCACAUGUGGGAAUUGGUGCAACAACUAAUGAAGAUGAUUGAUGCCGAUGACGUGGAUGCCUUUAAAAUACCAAUAGUACGGCUGAAGAGGGUUUCAAAGCAGUCUUACUCUGACUACAUUUCAUUCGCGUGGAAGUCCUUGGACAGACUAGCCUCAGCCGACGUCAUCGAGGAAAACCGAUGCAAAAUACUCGCCGCAAUCUGUUCGGAGUCCAUCGCGCUUUUACCCGAAGAAUUCUGCAUGGAUUUGAUCCGCGCACAUCUCUUUACUGGACACCUGCAAGAACGAAUGUGCUCAUUCGCCUCGAGCUACCUACUGAACUCGAAUCGGGACAAUCUACCCAAAAUUUUCGGGAUAAUUCGACACAACCUGUCAGUCUACCCGAAAAUCACUCACACUUUGAUUUCUGAACUCUGCACUUCGUUCAUCAACUGCAAGUUUGCCAACGACGCCGUUUUCAUCGAGUUCGUUAAGUUAUGGGACAAUUCCGUCAAGCCCUUCGAGGCCCUACCCGAACACAUUCGCCUACACUUCACGUUAAUACUCCUCAAUUCCCGCAACCGAUCACCCGUACAGGUUGGCAGUGCAAUUUCCAAAUUUUACCUCGAACUGCACGAUGAAGACUGCGGAGACCUCGACCAGAUGAAGAAAUGUUUUCGAGAAGAGUUCAAGGACCAUUUGCUCUCCCAUUUGUGUGGAAGCGACGAAGAGAAUCAUAUGAUCAUUGUUGAAAACGUUGUAAAUUAUCAAGAGGGGCCGCUGUGCUUGGCUUUGGGGUUAUCGCUGUUACCUGACGAAGUGCUACCGCUUCCCAAAGUUCAGAAGAUCUACAAUGCGGUCAUUGAAAAGUCGACCAAGUGUUCUAAUCCAUGCGUUCAGAUUGCGUUACGAAAACAUUUAAUUAAUAAAGAAUAAGUUUUUCCUUUACGUUACAGACCAUCGGCGGCCAUUUACAUCGAGUUAUCCGCCAAUUUCGACCUACUUUGGAAUUUUAAAAUCGGCAUGGGAUGGGAUUCACUGAUAUUAUGUAUUAGAAUUAGUGGCUACUAUAAAGUGAUAACACUGGCAAUUUGUUAUUUUUUACAAUAAAAUGUAUACAAGAAGC